UGUGAGGCGGAGUUUAUCUGUUAUAGUGUAAACUGUGUGGAGAUCCGCAAUCUAACUAAAAAAUGUGGCAACCAACGGGAUACCUGGAAAUCACACCUACUGUAGCCUACACGGUCCUAAGCGAAAUUUUGACCACUUCCGGAAUCUUGAUCGACGAACCGGACUGCCGUAAAAUAGCAAAAGUGCUCACCCCAGCCAAAAUACCCCCACCGAUUCCGAUGGUUUCGAUUCCACUGGACAACAAUCCCAUUCGCGUUGUACAGGAAACGUAUAGAGAAAUGCUACCGGCGAUGGCCACUCCACCACCACCAGCACCCAGCCCACUGCCGAUUUCCGUUUCCCACGAACAAGUUCCUGAUUUGUUGGAAUUUGCCGACCACGGUUGCCCGACUGCUAAUUUCAACGAAGUCGAGCUGGCUCUUCUGGCACAGUGCGGCGUUAUCAGCGAGGAUAAUAUGGAACUGUCCUAUCUGAAGACCACGCUGUCGCUCAGUAUGAUGGAGGCGGAGUUUUUGCGUAUGCAGCUGAGGCUGUUCAAUCUGAAGGCGCGAUCCAUCCUGGAACUAUUUCAGUACUGUGAAGGUUCCAACGCCGGGUUCUGUCGCUGCCCGGAUAUUCGUAAACGGGUAUACGAAAUGGGCAUUCUGGUGCAGCGACAGUAGAAGGUAGGUGAUUUUUGUUUUUCUGGUUUUUUUUUAACAUAAUCAUUGUUUAUUAUGGUCGGUUGAUUUU